ACUAAUCCAAUUCAAUUCCUUCGUGGCCUUAAAAGAGGACCUCUAAAAAUGUGUGAGGAUCUCCAGACCCACAUCAUGGAGGAGGUUAUUUUAAAUACCAGGAUCCAUUUUCCGCAGCGUCGGAUCUCAUUAGAUGUCUUGAAGAAUAUGACAGCAAUAACAGAAUUUGUAAACGAUCUGAACUUCUCUAACACCCAGAAUCUCAGAGCUUAUCAUAGGUUUGCCUAAUAAACAACACACUCUCCUCAAAUUUUCCUUUAUUUCAGUUGAGGGACCAAACGAUGAAAUUUGUGAAAAAGAUUUAGCGGCACAAUGAAUAAGACUAAGAAUUUCAGGCGUCGAGCGGAAGAAGACGAAAAUGGUGAAGAGGAAACCGAAAACCUAGUUAUCAAACCACCUCAGGGCAGCAAGAAAAACCAGAAACCAGUAAAAGAAAAACCUUCCAGCAAGUUCGCGGGUUCAAACCUCCUUAGCUUCGCUGACGAUAACGAUGUCACGCGCAAAUCCAAGCAGAAACCAGCUGCCAAGUCCUCGGUUCGAAACUUGCUGAGCUUUGAUUCCGAAGAAGACACCGCAGUCGAUCAAGGUUUGCUCAAAAGCAAAAAAAAAGUGAACCUCGAGAGACACUUGGGUCACAAAAUAUCUGCAGGGAAAACUGCAACUCUUCCCUCUUCUAACGUUCAACCCCAGGCAGGCGAGUACACGAAAGAGAAGCUUCUCGAGCUACAGAAGAACACCAAGAGCCUAGGGGGCUCGAAGCCGCCACCUCCGCCGGACAAGCCUCCUGCAGAAACGGUUGUUGUUUUGAAGGGUUUGGUUAAACCCUCGGCCGAGGAGGAAAAUACUUUGGAGGCGGACGUAUUUAGGCAGGACAAGGAGGAUGUGGAGAAGAGGUUGGGGGCGGUUGGAAUUGAACCCUCGGCGAGCGUCAGCAUUCCGGACCAGGCGACUAUAAAUGCUAUUAGGGCAAAGAGGGAGAGGCUUAGGCAGGCCCGGGCUGCGCCUGUUGAUUAUAUUCCUUUGGAUGGGGGCGGCCCUAGAGAAUUAUUGAAGGAGGAAGCUGCGGAAUCAAGUGAAGAUGAAGGCGAGGUUCAUGGAAGGCUGGCAAUGGUGGGCGACAAGCCAAUGGAGGUUAAAAAAGGUGUAUUUGAGUCGCUGGAGCAUGAGGCACUUGAUACCAGGGCUAGAGAUGACGGUGCAGUUGGUGACGGUGAUAAUGAGGAUGAUGAUGAAGAAAGGAGAUGGGAGGAAGAGCAGUUCAGAAAGGGUUUUGGGAAGAGGGUGGAUGAUGCUUCUAAUAGAGUUACUUCUGUGCCGCUUUCAACUUCUCCUUCAGCCAACACUGUUGUCCCUAGUUCUUUUCAAACAGCUGGAUAUAUGGGUAGUGGAUAUACCCCUGCAUCUGCUUGGACAGCUGGUGGUGUAAGCCGAAGCGUGGAAAUCAUGUCUAUGUCGCAACAGGCUGAAGUGGCAAAGCGGGCUCUACGGGAGAGCUUGCAGAGGCUGAAGGAAACUCAUGGAAGGACCACGGCUGAUUUACACAGAGUAGAUGAGAAUUUAUCUACUUCCUUGACAAGCAUUACCAUUCUUGAGAAUUCUCUGGCAUCUGCAGGGAAGAAAUAUAUUUUCAUGCAAAAGCUCCGGGACUUUGUUGCUGUUCUAUGUGACUUUCUACAGGAUAAGGCUCCUUAUAUAGAGGAACUUGAAGAGCAAAUGCAGAGGCUUCAUGAAGAGCGUGCAACAGCAAUUGUAGAGAGACGAGCAUCAGAUGAUGCUGAUGAAAUGAUAGAAGUUGAAGCAGCAAUUAAUGCAGCCAAAGCAGUUUUAAGUAAAGGUGGUGGUUCAACUACUGCUGCUGCUGCAGCAGCAGCAGCACAAGCUGCAUCUUCAACUGCAAGAGAUGGAUUGAAUUUACUUCCUCAGUUAGACGAGUUUGGUCGAGAUAUAAACUUGCAGAAACGAACAGAUAUUAAGCGAAGGGCUGAAGCUCGGAAGCAGAGGAGGGCUCGCACUGCAUCUAAGAAAGCUGCAACUUUUACUGCCUCAGAUGGCACUGCUAACCAACGUAUAGAAGGGGAAUCUAGCAGUGAUGAAAGUGACAGUGAUUGCAAGGCAUAUCAAUCUAGCCGAAGUGAGUUGUUACAGACAGCUGAACAUGUUUUUGGUGAUGCUGCUCAAAAUUUUUCACAACUUUCUAUUGUUAAAGAAAGAUUUGAAGGGUGGAAAAGACUGUACUCUUCGGCUUAUCGUGAUGCUUAUAUGUGCUUGAGUGCACCAGCUAUUUUCUCCCCUUUUGUACGCUUGGAGCUGCUGAAGUGGGACCCGUUAUAUGAAGAUGCAGAUAUAAACAAUAUGCAAUGGCAUACUCUUCUUUUUGACUAUGGUAUGCCAGAGAAUGUCAAGGAUUUUGAACCAGAAGAUGCAGAUGCAGACCUUGUACCAGGGCUCGUGGAGAAAAUUGCUCUGCCAAUAUUACAUCACGAAGUUGCACACUGCUGGGACAGGCUGAGUACAAGAGGGACAAAAAAUGCAGUUGCUGCAGUGCAAGUAAUUCUUAAUUAUAUUCCUGCAUCUAAUGAAUCACUGCAGGAAUUGUUGGCAGCUGUGCGUAUGCGUUUAGCUGAAGCUAUUGCUGAAUUGCAGGUGCCCACUUGGAGUAUUCCUCUCAUGAAUGCUGUGUCCCAAGCAUCACGGAUUGCAGCAUACAAAUUUGGCAUGUCUGUUCGAUUGCUUAAAAAUAUUGCUUUAUGGAAAGACAUUUUGGCAAUGCCUGUUCUGGAACAGCUGGCACUUGAUGAACUUUUAUGUGCAAAAAUGUUACCCCAUUUAAGGAAUAUUGUGCAGAAUAUUCAUGAUGCAGUUACAAGGACUGAAAGGAUUAUUGCAGCAUUGUCGGGUGUUUGGACUGGUCCUAGUUUGUCUGGAGAACUUAGCUGCAAGAUACAUCCUUUGGUUGACUACAUAACAACACUUGGAAAAGAGCUUGAGAAAAAGCAAGCUUUAGGUGCCAGUACUGAAGACAUUUCAGGACUUGCUCGUCGGUUGAAAAAGAUGUUAGUUGAGCUCAAUGAAUAUGACAGGGCCCGACGAAUAUUAAAGACUUUCCAGCUGAAAGAAGCUUUGUAAUGUGUUUUCUACAUCAUAAUUUCAAUAUCAAUCAUGCAUUUCCAGAUGAAAAUUUCAUGCUUCAGGAUCUGGAGUAUUAUCUGCCUCAACUUCUUUUCAAUUGCGUUGUUCUCUGGUUAUGCUUUUGAUAAAGCUUAAUCCUCACAAUGUUUUCUGGGACCCACCUCUUAGCAUGAAUUUCAUUUGUGGAAGUAUAUCUGGGGGUUAAGAAAAAAUUGAUCAAGUAUAGGGGCAAAUCAAAAUGUAACUCUACUGGAUGCCAGAUCAAUGUGAGUGAUUGAAAAAUGUCUAGCAGUUUUGCAUUAUAGAGAGAAUGUAAAAUACGAUCUGAAUUCUGAUGGAAAAGUAUAUAUAAAAUGAUCAUAGGAUGAAGUAGUACCAUUCUGAAUUGCUGCAGCUGUUGAUUGGUCAACUGCGCUUAAUGGCUUAAUGGCCAUUUCUUAUUGUGGUCUCACUUUGGUGCUAGGGAAAUGCCUGAUGCAGGUAAUUCUUUCAUUACAUUAUGUUGAACUGGCAUUAUUCCUGCGAUGAAGAAAAUUGGUUGUUAAUGUGGGAAAACAUAAUCUUUUGCUGACGUAAUUUUGCCCUUAACAAUAAUGCAUUAUAUCUCUUCAGAAUAUUGCGAUCAUAA